UCUGCGUAUCUGGCAACGCUGAGGUGUCGUUAAGAUGGCGAAGGAACCGGAUGAUGUUUCUUUAGAUGACGACGAAUUAAUAGACAAAGAUUUGGAUGGAAAUGGACAAAAACCAGACAAAAUGUUUUCUUUAAAAAAGUGGAAUGCUGUGGCAAUGUGGAGCUGGGACGUAGAAUGCGAUACUUGUGCUAUAUGUAGAGUUCAAGUUAUGGAUGCAUGUUUAAGAUGUCAAGCAGAAAACAAACAGGAUGAUUGUGUUGUUGUAUGGGGUGAAUGUAAUCACUCAUUUCAUAAUUGUUGUAUGUCUCUCUGGGUUAGACAAAAUAAUAGAUGCCCUCUUUGUCAGCAGGAUUGGGUAGUCCAGAGAAUUGGCAAGUGAAGUUUCAAGUUAUUGAAAAUUUAACAAAAUGUAAUGAACUUUUCUUAUUUUUCAUAUAUUUAUUAACUUUGUGCAGUAACAUAUUGAUAUUUAUGAUUUCUAGAACAUUACCAUAAUUAAAAAUUAUUGUAA